AUGGGCCGGGCGAGCGAGGGCGAGAGGCAGCAUCAUGCCACAGAUCAGGCCAUGAGAGGACGAGGCCGAGUUCCCCGGCCCAAGGCAAGGCAGGGCGAGACAAGAAGAUGCAGAACAAGCUCCGGAUGGUGUGACGCCAGCUCAGGUGACUCGCCGGGCGUCGCAGUCGGCGCAGCCAGGGAGGGCGUGACCUGCGCGGUACCUGCGCGGUACUUGGGGCGGCAGGCGGCGGCUGGCGGCAGCGCGAGGUCCUGCUGA